GGCCGAAUUCCAUUAAAAAAAACAAGGAAAUGCUGACAAUCUUGAGACAGUCUCUGAUUCUCGUCUCUCUAAUCCUGAUGAUGCAAAUCUUCACACCACAAGCCGCCGUGGUGGUGCCGAAAAAUGCAACAAUCACGGCCAUUUUCGCAUUUGGUGACUCCAUAUUGGACACAGGCAACAACAACCACCUCAUUACUCUCGCUAAGAGUAAUUUUCCUCCAUAUGGAAGGGAUUUCAUGGGAGGAGAACCGACCGGAAGGUUCAGCAAUGGCAAGCUUAUUUCGGAUCUCUCUGUUGAACAACUUGGGAUCAAAGGACUGUUGCCCCCAUUUCUUGACCCCACCCUGCAACUUCAAGACCUCAUCGGAGGAGUCAGCUUCGCCUCGGCCAGCACAGGAUAUGAUCUUCUGACAGCAGAACUCACGGUAUACAAAUUUCCCUUCCUUGCAUUGUGA